UACAACACAUCACCAAAACUCAUAUUUUGAUAAAUAAAAAUGGUUUCUUCUCUAAAAGCUCAGGAGCCUCAAGUGGUUAGUACUACACCUGAUGCUGCUCUUUCUCUCAAAGCUGAGAAGCCUCAGUUUGUAGAGACACCGGUGGCUGUUCCUUCUCCGAUGGCUGAGGAGCCUGACAACGAUGUUCCGGCGCCGGGAAACGAGUUUGCUGAGUUCGCCGCCGGUUGUUUCUGGGGAGUUGAGCUUGCUUUCCAGAGGAUCCCUGGCGUGACCGUGACUGAGGUCGGUUACACUCAGGGGAUCUCACACAACCCUUCUUACGAGGAUGUCUGUACGAACACCACGAACCAUGCAGAGGUUGUUAGAGUUCAGUAUGAUCCCAAGGAGUGCACUUACGAGAUGCUUCUUGAUCUGUUCUGGUCUAGGCAUAAUCCCACCACCUUGAACCGCCAGGGAAAACUUGUGGGAGCACAAUACAGAUCAGGUAUAUACUUCUACACACCGGAGCAAGAGAAACUAGCACGUGAGUCUCUAGAGAAACAGCAGACAAAACUGGAGGAUAAGAUUGUGACUGAGAUCUUACCAGCAAAGAAGUUCUACAAAGCUGAAGAAUACCAUCAGCAGUACCUCGCCAAAGGCGGGAGGUCUGGAAACGCGCAAUCCCCUGCAAAGAGCUGCAAGGACCCUAUCAGCUGCUCCGGCUAAUCACUAGUCUUUGUUUCCUCUGCACCCAAGACAGACGACGCUAUCCGCUGUUUUUCUUUUUAUUAUUUUCUUAUUAGUCUUGUGCAAAUAAAUUACUGUUAGUUUUGUUAAAGGCUAUUCAGUAGCGUAUUGUAGUCAAGUUAUGUUAUUGGGGUUCUAAGUAAAGUAGUGAAACCAAAUCCUUAAGCCGGUGUGAAACAUUUGAUCAACUGUGAUAUGAUAUAUAAACAACUUGAUUGUCUUUA